AUGGCGCGUAGCACCUAUUGUAAAUAUGGAAGAAAUAAAAGGCCCAUUCCUUUGAUCUAUUACUUCAUAGUUUUUAUCGCUGCAGCUGGUUAUAUCUACGUUUACAUAUUCUCGAUGUUUUGGUUUGUAUUCAUCCGAUGUAGAGAGACCGGGGACUUCAUAGCUGCAUCUGUUGUUUUCUCUCUAGGCACAAAUAGUGAAACUUGGGCCACCAAGUUUUUGUUCAUGAUAAUUAACAAAAAUACGGUGCAAGGGAUAGUACAGAGAUAUUUAGAAUGUGACUCUAAAGUAGUACCAGGUUCACGAUUUUCCAAGAAUUUGCGUAAAAAAUUACGCGACAUAAAGAAGAGAGUCACUUUUGUAUGGUCUAGUCUCAUAAUGAUAGGUGUGGCGUACGUUUUCCGGCCAUUCGUGUUACCUGGACGACAUUUUACACAAGAUUUGUACGUAGUGUACGGUCUAGAACCAAUGACAGAAACUCCAAACUACGAAAUAGCAUCAACAUUUAUGACGAUAACCAUAUGCAUCGGUAUUUAUACUUUGGCCGGAAUCACUGCAUUCAUUUUAGUUAUCAUCGGCUACAUCGAAGCUCAAAUAUUAGCACUCAGCGAUGAAAUGCUAGUUCUUUGGGAAGAUGCUGAAACACAUUAUGGAAACUACAUUGAAACAAAUAAUAUCAUUCGCUCAAAUAAUCGUGAUUACCAUAAAAUGCAAAUUAUGAAUAAAUACAUUAACAACCAACUUAAAGAAAUAACAACUUUUCACAUAGCAGAUAUAAAUCUAUUAAACGAUUUUGAAGGAGCAUUUAGAGGAACAAUGGCUAUUGAAUUUGGUCUUAUAGUUAUAGGUAUCGUAUCGGAACUACUGGGGGGUAUAGAAAACACUUAUAUAGAACUACCAUAUACAUUUCUACAAAUAUGUAUGGACUGUUUCAUAGGACAGAAGUUAGUUGAUGCCAAUAAUAUAUUUGAAAAAGCAGUUUACAAUUGUAAUUGGGAAAAUUUUGACAAAUCAAACAUGAAAAUUAUCCUAACCAUGCUGCAAAGUUCACAGAAAUCACUGAAGCUAACAGCAGGUGGAUUAGCAGUACUAGAUUAUGUUUGUCUAAUGUCAGUGAUCAAAUCUACCUACUCGUUUUAUACUACUCUACAAUCUACUAUUAAUUAA